AUGCAUUUCUCGCAGUUUUUGACCAUUGCGAGCCUGGCGACCGGUGUGAAAGCCUUUUAUCCAUGGCAGAUCAAGGUUGAAUUGACAGAUACCUCUUCAACCGUUGAAUCCUUGGAGCGCCGCUUCUUACCUUGGAUUCUGAAGCCCGAUGACCCCGAAGAAGACUCCAACGCCAAGCCAUUUACCCUCGGUAUUAGGAAGUUCCCCGUUCGCCGUGAUGAUACCUACAACAUUGUGAAAGCCAAUACUCCGACUCUUCCCAAUAGUGCCGCAGUCGACCAGGAUGGCCAUGAUUACUCUUACUUCGCAGUGGUAGAAGUUGGAUCACAGAAGGAACAGAUGUGGCUCGCUCUUGAUACUGGCUCACCAAGUUCCUGGGUCUUCAGUUCCACUUGCACAAGCAGCGUUUGCACCAGUCACCACCUCUUUGACACAGGGAAGUCAACCAGUUACAUCUCAAACAACUCUGCCAUUACAGUUGGAUAUGGAAGCGGUACCAUCAAGGGCAAUCUGGGUCAAGAUACCAUGUCGAUCGCUGGUCUGAAUGCAACCUUCUCAUUCGGAGACGCUACAUCGGCGAGCUCGGCCUUUGCGAACUAUCCUAUCGAUGGAAUCCUCGGUUUUGGUCGGUCGGGUACUGCGGGCUGGACCAUCCCAUCAUUCAUGGACAUCGUGGCCAAGGAUGGCCAUCUCUCCUCUAACAUCGUGGGCUUCAGUCUUUCGCGUGCCAAGGAUGAUGCAAAGACUGGUGAGGUGAAUUUUGGAACUGUUGACACCACCAAGUUUGAUGGUAACAUAACCUACACUACCACAAACUCGGAUAUCUGGACAAUCCCCCUUAACGAUGUCUAUGUGAAUGGCACAGCCUGCGGUCUUACCGGUAAAAGCGCCACAAUCGAUACCGGCACGACUUACAUCUUGAUUCCACCCGAUGAUGCCGCAACUCUGUUCGCUCAAGUCCCCGGAUCCAUCAAGUCGGGCUCGAACUACAUUAUUCCAUGCAACUCCAAUGCGACCAUAGAGUUAGCCUUCUCUGGUGUCAAAUACUCUAUCUCCCCGGAUGAUUACAUCGGUGCUACAAGCACUAAUGGCUGUGUGUCCACAAUCGUGGGUUACCAAUCCUCCGGAUCUAAUGAUUGGCUCGUGGGCGAUGUGUUCUUGAAGAAUGUAUACUCCGUCUUCGACUUCGAUGAUGGAAAAAUCGGGUUUGGAAAACGGAAUUCGACAUCUGCUUCAGGAAACGGAACUUGCACAAUUCCCACUUCCACUUCGACUACGACUGCAACUUCAACUGCUACAACCAUGAGUUCUAUUACUGCCGCGAAUACAGCAGCUUUAGCCUCUGGAACUACAUCUGGAUCUACCCACUCCACUAUCUCACCCAAUUCCGGCUCUCACAUAUCAUUUACCUUGAUUCCAUCAUUCAUGGCAGUCAUUGCAGCUAUCUUUGCUUAA